UUAAAAAAAACGUGUGCACCGUAUACUUUUUUCUCAGACUGUCUGCCCCAGGCCCCGGGGGGUUCUAGACGACUCCGGACGCCUGCAGCCUGCUGCUGCAGUCGCGUGCUGACAGCUCGGCUUUCGCUUCGCGCGCGCGGAUGGCAGACGGCGCCGUCAUGACGGACGUCCUCGCGCAAGGCCGCGCCGCCUGCUACAAGGCGCGGGACGCCUUCUACGCGUGCUUGGAGAGGGAGUCGGACAAGAAGCCCACCGAGAUCGCCACCGUCGGCCUCCUCUACCCCGCCGAGUGCAAGAAGUCCCGCGCUGACUUCGUCGCCAACUGCCGCCCUACCUGGGUUAAGCAUUUUGAUCGGCAAUACUGCGCCAAGAAGAGGGUCCAGCGGCUUCUCGACAACGAUGAGUCCCGGAGAGGGCCCAUCUCACUCCCCCAGCCAUACACUUUCAAGCCCUAAUCUCCACUUUGUUCUUGCUUGCAAGAGUUUUGGGUAGUCUAAGUCUUGAGGACCUAUGUGGAUUUUUAAGUUGGAAGUUGCAAGACUGGAGCUUUAUAUGCCUUCCUUCUUAUAAUGGCUCUGAUCUAUGGCUAAGAGGCCCUAAAUUUUUGUUAGCUUAUUUGCUAUGGCUCUGAUGCAUGGUUGAGACGCUCUAAAUUUUCGUUAGCUUAUUUGCCAUGUACAACAAAAUAAAUGAAGUGGAUUGUCUAUAUUAAAUUUGUAGUCUGGAUAUCUGGUUGCAACUACUAUAUUCCUAGCAUGGAACAUUAAAGCCCUGUUUGGAUGUUGCAGCAAGCUGUCCAGUGAAAGCUUUAUAAUCUAUGAAGAUUUUAUCGUAUGCUUGCAAA